UGGAAGUAUUUGCAUGGCCCCAGCGCCUCCUCGUAAUGUUCUCUCGUUAUUGACUCUUCCACAAAGUGCCCUUUGACAAACACGACACACGAUUGCCCCGGCAGCGAGACUUCUCAUGCCAGUGCCAGCUGUGCUGCCUUUUUCCCUGAAAUUUGGUAGCUGAAGCGAUGGAAGAGCCACCACAUACCUCGAUUCCGACCCAUGGUGGGGUUCUCCAAAAAUGGCGACUUGGCAAGCAGUCAGCCUGUAUGAUGCUCUCUUGCGCAGUUCCAAAACACAACAAACAACGGUUUGUCCACCAAAAAAAAUAUCAGAAACUCAUGCACGGUCGUGUUGCGAGCAGACAGGGUCGAGCUCGAUGGAGUCGUUUGGGGAGGACCCUCCAAGCUAUUCUCCCGUGCCAACGGCCCGGUUUUUUGGUGCCGUCACUCUUGCGCCGGCUACCGCUCCAUCCGGAUUAGGUUCGUCUAAGGUGCGGGAGGUUCGGGACAAAGACCGAGAACUCGAUCUUGCGAUCUGGCGUUCCAGUUUCGACCGGUUCCGUCGAUCAACGAACGAUCUCGAAAACGAGGGACCGGCAGACAAUAAACGAUCGCCGCAGCCUACGUCAAUCGUCAAGUCAGUACACACACAAAUCCCGACUUAUAUCAGUACAUGUACAGCGAGAAGCCGCGGACUUCCGGAAGGCCGGAAUCUAGGAGAUUGCAAAGCCCACUUGGUGUGCAUAAUCUGGAGCUUUUCGGCAUCUUCGUCAUUGAGCUGCCGUGAAUCUGCUGGGUCUGGCGGACCUAGGUAUUUUUCUGAGAGAAACCUGGCAACUUGGAUCUUGGAGAUGUUGGCCACCGGGGCGACUGCGUCACAAACGCCAGGUUUCUUGGCUACGAGGAGCAGCAAGGAGACGGUAUGAACCGAAUAAAGACGCCCUUUUGUCCCGGUGUUUUUCGUCGUGCACGUACUGCAGAGCAAGAACCUUCCUGGCUCUUCAAGGGUGCUUGUUCUCAAUUUGGAAGUGAGGGAGGGUAAUAUAAAAGGGUACGUACCGCUGCAGAACACGGAGUGAAUUGAUCACCAAUGCUCUGUCAAUCUGCAGGGAUUCUCAACGUCGGAGGAGAAUGUCAGGCAGAAGAAGUGCUGCAGAGGACGCAGAACAGGAGCUUAGAAGGUCCAUGGACAAAUGCAAGGGGCA